CGUGUAUCGUAAUAGUUAGUAAUACUCGUGAGGCAGCCUGUGAGGCUGCUGUGCGUUUUUCAACAGUGUCAAAUAUAAGAUAAAAUCGUAUUGAAAUGGCUAUUAAAUAUAUUAUGAAGAUGUUUACGAUACUCGUGAUUUCUUUACUUUACAUCGGAACAGUCCACAGUAUUCGAUGUUACCAAUGCACCAGCACGAACAACACACAUCCUUUUCAAUGCAACGAAUAUCUCACAAGUGACAUUGACGUAGAACCAGAGUCUUGCGACGCCAUUUUCGGAGCACAGUACUGCGUGAAACACGUUGGCCGAUUUGAGGCCCUGGAAUGUUACCAAUGUACAUCCGCGGACGAAUGGCAAUGCUCCGAUGGUGAAUUAAUUAAAAAUUCUCUACAACCGAUAAACUGCAGUCACGUUUAUGAGGCGCAUUAUUGCGUCAAGACCGUCGGACGAUAUGGAGGUGGAGUCGGUACAAAAAGAUUUUGCUCAACCUCGAAUUUGGGAAAUUACUGCAACUAUGUGCAGCAGCCUGGAGAUAAACUACAAUAUCGAACAUGCGUCUUUACCUGUGACAGCGAUGGAUGCAAUUCUGUACCUUCUUUAAGGUCUACAAUUAGUGUUUACGUUAUAUCACUUCUUUUGUUCAUCCUAUCUUACAGAUAAAAAAAACAGCAACGUAAAUAGAAACUCUAUCAUAUUCAUAUAUUAUUAAAUUUUAUGACAAUACAUCUCGUCUAUACUUUACUUUGUAGUAUAAUAAGUAAAGUAUAAUUUACGUAUAUAAAUAUUUCAAUCAUAUAUUUCAUGCAUGAUAAUUUUUCUAUUUCUUUCUUUUUUUUUUGACAACGUUCUUUUGUCGACAAACUUUAAAUAAGACAUUAAUUUUUAAAGCUUAUUUUUAAUAAAUGUGUAAUCUUAAAUCA